AAAAUCAGUUAUGGUUCCCAUGGGAACCGUAACUAAUUCUGCUUCACUGCAUAUUUGAAUGCAAAACUUAGAUACGUUGGGGGUAGCGUAGCUUUGGAACUGUAGUUCUGAAUUGGUUACCUCUUGUAUCGUGAAACGCUCCAUCGCAACGUCACGUCUCUGUUCUAAUAAUGCCCCUCAAAGAAAGAGUCAUUACCCGUUGAAAGCCAUCUCUGUCUGUCGGAUGUGACUUCUGAAUGCAGGACAGGAAGCAAGCCACAGAUGAGCAUCCAGCGCUCGGAUGCCCGCAUUAAGGUUUAGAAUGGGUAACCCUAAAGGAGGGGGAGCUUAAGGGAUCUGGUGGACAUUUCUGCCCUUCGUUCUGGGUCAGCUGCUACAUUCACCUCCAGGCUGAGAUUUACAUUGGUUUGUAUAAUCUCAGGAGUUAGCGUUCUUCAGUAUUUCUUCAGGCUCUGCUGUCAAAUAUUAUUUUAGUAGGUUAAAUAGGCUUAGGAAGCGUUUGGAAAGUAGUGUUAUUCAGAAGAUGUAGCGAAACCUCUAAUAUUUAGAGCAAAAAGCAACGCACCCUUGACUUUGUUAUUGCUUACUGACCUUUGAGAUAAAGGAUCAGAUCCUGUUAUAUUCAUUUUCUUCCGUGGAAGAUUAUGUAGGUAUCUAAAGUCCUAAAGAGUUUGCAUUUCUUUUAAAUAAAAGUUAUUUUGAUACAGAGGUCCAAAACGUUGAGGUGAUGAGAAUGAAUGAAGCUGAGAACAGUUAAAACAGCCUUCCAUUGAACCGUUGGAGAGCAGAGGUGGAGAUGUUCCACUUGUAGCCCACUUGCCUCAACACCAGUAAUUAGGAUGCUCUUAGCGUGGUAUAGCGAGUGUCUUUUUUGUCCUUGCUUCUUUUUUUUUCCCCUGUUUUCCUCAUCUCAUUUCUCUUUUUAAUACUUUCAUUUAUUGCAAUAAGCAGCCUUCAUAGACAAUGGAUGUUUUCAUAUGUUUAUGUUCAUUUACCUUCAGUCCUGCAUUCUUUUUUUUUCCUGUGGAGGCAAAAAAAAGCCAGUGUGGUUGGUACUUCUCAGACAUGAGUACUGGGUUCGAAAUACACCUGGAAUGUGCAGCACAAAAUGGGAAAGAAACAAAAUGGCAAAGGUAAAAAAGUUGAAGAGGCAGAGCCUGAAGAAUUUGUUGUGGAGAAAGUCCUGGACAGACGUGUUGUGAAUGGAAAGGUGGAAUACUACUUGAAGUGGAAAGGAUUUACAGAUGCUGACAACACGUGGGAGCCUGAAGAAAACUUAGAUUGUCCAGAGCUAAUUGAAGCUUUUCUGAACUCUCAGAAAGCUGGUAAAGAAAAAACAGAUGGUGCGAAAAGAAAAUCACUGUCAGAUAGCGAAUCUGAUGAUAGUAAAUCAAAGAAAAAACGUGAUUCUGUUGAUAAACCGAGAGGGUUUGCGAGGGGUCUUGAUCCUGAGAGGAUAAUUGGGGCUACGGAUAGCAGCGGAGAGCUUAUGUUCCUCAUGAAAUGGAAAGACUCUGAUGAGGCAGAUCUGGUGCUGGCCAAAGAAGCUAACGUGAAGUGUCCUCAGAUUGUAAUUGCUUUUUAUGAAGAACGACUAACUUGGCAUUCAUGCCCUGAAGAUGAAGCACAAUAAUUGUUUGCAUCACUUUUUUUUAUAUAUAUGAAUAUUAAAACCUGAAAUUUGAUUUAUUAGCGAUGUGAGAAGCAUACAUUCUAACAAAAUUCAAAUUUGAUAUUUUUUUGAAGUAGUGUGUUUUGCAUCAACAGCAAGUAAAUAAAAGCUUUCUGCAACUUGUUUCGUUUAUCACAGGGAGAGCAUUUGAUACUACUACUUCCUCCAUAUUAGGUAAAAGCUUUUAUAAAACAUUCAUAAACUUCCAUGGUUAUUAUUGAAUCUUAAUGAAUGUCUAAACAAACUCACGGAUGUUUUGUAGUCUUCUAUACCGUUGAUGUGCAUGUAUCUUCUUUACCCAAACCUAGCCCUUUACACCUGUAGAUUCAUUCUUUUUAGUGUUUGGGAUCACACGAUCCCAAGAAGACCAGGUGAAAAUUAACUUUGUAGUAAUUUGAAUGUUAUCAGACUGUAUAUUGUUUACUUUAUUGUAAAUACUGGUGAACAGUGGUCAAUAAAAUAGUUUUAUAUUCUUCCUUUAUAAUGAUAGGCUGUGACUCUUUUGAAGCGGUAUAAUAUUUCUGAACUUUUUAUAUGUUAAGCUCUCAGUUCAUGAUGUAUUUAACUGUAAGUUGUUCUUUUGGGGAUAGAUUGAUAUUACCCCAUUGCUACUCUGUAAUAACAAUACCAGACAAAUGUCAGGCUUUGAUUCUCUAAUUUUUUUGGUGAAGUGUAAUAUUUUUUGGUUUUUUUUUUUCAGUCAGAAAGAGCCAACAUUUUUGGGCUGUGAAAUUCAUGUGCUCUGGGUACUUAGUUAAGUUGCACAGAUAGCAGCUAUGCUGCCUGGUUAUGGCUGCUGGUCACAGGGCCAAGCGGCCUCUGCAGAUGUAUUGGAAAAUACCUGGUGUGUUGGCAAUGGCAACCUUUGCUUUAAUUUUGGGUCUUAAUAUGGGGCUAUACUGUAACAAGUGAUAGGAUGGUUCAGGUAGAAUUACUCUUCGGGCAAUGGCCUGAAAAAUACUUCCAUAGUUCUAUGCCUUUAAAGUGUAAUAUUUUAAUCCAGAUUCUAAGCUGUAUACUUUUGAAUUAAGAGGCUUUGUUUGUUUCUCAUUGAAUUCUAAAUUGGGUCAUGUCAUCUGCUGCUGGGAGAAUGCCCUCAGGUCGGCAAAAGUGAGGGAUGGAGAAAUUGGAAGAAAAGAAUUUUGCUUUUUUCCAUUCUUCUUCCACUUGAUAUUCCUCUCUCCACUUGCUUUUGUCUACAUGCAUUCUUUUAUUUGGGUUAUGACUAGCAUGGCGGUUUGGCCUUAAGCUUUGCCUUUUCAUAGGUCAGUGGCCAACCUUGUUUUAGAAUUCCUCUUAGUACAUUUUGAACAGACUAAUCAUGUCUCAUGCUGCUGUCACAGUCCUGUGUGAGAUGAUGGGAUUCCUUAAGAACGGCUAUUCCUGAAAACCUUCAUAGGUAUCCCGAGGAGAAAACAAAGGACCUUUUAAUCUUUUUCAUAGACUCAUAAAUCAUGAUUAAAACCGUUUGUCCUCAUGUAGAUUCCAAAGCUGUUUAUAUCAUGAAUGGAACCCUUGUAAAACAUUGUAUCGCAAGUAAACACUGGGAUGGUUAAAGUAAUGCUAAGUUACCUUUUUAGGUGUAACUGCUUUAUCUUCUCAAUAUUUUUUCUUACUGGAUAUGAGCGCAAUUCAGUCACUGUGGCUUUAGGAAAAAAAAAGAUGUUGUGUGGGGUUCCCUUGCUCUGGUUAAUGAUGGUUUCCGAGCUUAGUUUGCUUCUCUUGCCUACUCCUUUGAGAAAUGUCCCUGAAUUUGUUGUAUGUGAAAGUCUGCAGUUAAUUCUUUGGGGCCUCUAAUAGGAAUAUCGCUACACCUGGUGUGUGGGAUUCCUAAAUAUUGCUUUUUUACCCAGUUGCCUGAGAAAUACACAGGCUAAAUGAGAAUUCUAAAGCAGCAUGCAUUUUCCUGUCUUCAGUAUGAAAUACUUUUAAAUUCAGUCUUAAAAUAUUUCACAGUUUGUGUUCUGCUGUCUGAAACUUUGCAGUUUCUUUGUUUCAAGAGUGGAUAUUGAGUUUAUAUAACGUUGCUGGUUUUAGUCACUAUAGAUUGAAGAGUCGGUUAUCAGUUAUUGUAAGUGGUAGGCGUGUAAAGAUUUAUGUUGAAAGGUUGUUUCCCAGCAAUUUGUAACCUUUAAAAUGUUAUUUUGCAACUAGAUAACAGCUUUUACCUGUAUUUGAUUCUUCCUUCUGACAAUCUGUAAACAUGCACUGUACUCACAUUUAAACUACUAUACAGCUUGUUACAGUUACGUAGAUUUCUAAUUUUUUACAUUACGAUGGUAGAAAUGCUGACUGGUAUUUGUUUCCUUUUUUCCCCCCUACCCCCCCUUGGUUUGUGUCAAACUGCAUUUUGACAGUGACGAAAUGCAACACUUGGAAGUUACAAGUUCUGUAAAGUUAUGCUGAAUGUGCUUGGUACAUAUGCAAAAAGACGUUAUCUAAUGUUAGUAACUUUAACUGAUUAAAUAAAUGAAUUAUCUUCUGUA